AUGUCUUUGAAGGUCAUACCCUUGUGCGUUUCUGCCACUUACCCUCAUUCUCAAUCUCAAUCUCAAUCUCAAUCUCAAUUGGGUAUCUCAUAUUUUCUUCAAAAGAACCAUACAAAUCUUCUUUUCAGGAUUAAUCCUGCUGCAUUGACUGCAAAAUUGGGUCGAAGUAAAACCCAUGUGGAAGGUUCCAAGCCUGCUGUGAGACCUUCUGAUUUUGCUUUAAAUUCAGCAAAUGAUGACACCCAGAUCAUUAAAGAUUUGAACUCUCUCCCAAAACCUUUAUCUACAACCGAUAUUGUCUCUAAUGGUAGUGAUGGCUCAAAGGUCCGAGUUGCUUACAAGGGUGCACCUGGAGCGCAUAGUGAGGCCGCUGCUCUUAAAGCGUAUCCAAAAUGUGAGACGGUCCCAUGUGAAGAGUUUGAAUCUGUAUUUAAGCAAGUCGAGUUGUCGUUAGUGGAUAAAGUCGUACUUCCAAUUGAAUCAUCCAUUGGUGGAAGUGUUCAUCGAAAUUAUGAUCUUUUCCUUCGUUAUAAGUUGCAUAUUGUAGGAGAAGUGCAACUCAACAUUGAUCAUUGCCUCCUCGGAUUGCCAGGAGUUCAAAUGGAGGAACUAGUGUGUGUUUUAAGCCACCCUCAGGCGCUUGAUCAAUGUAAGAUCAUGUUGAAUAAGUUGAAUGUCGUUAAAGUUAAUACUCAAGACACUGCUGGUGCAGCUCAAAUUAUAGCCUCUAAAGGCUCACGAGACACUGGAGCUAUUGCGAGUUCACGAGCAGCGAAGAUUUAUGGGCUCGACAUUCUCUCAAACAAAAUCCAGGAUGAUCCGGAUAACAUCACUCGUUUUUUAAUUCUAGCGAGGGAACCUAUAAUCCCAGGGACCGUCAAACCCCAUAAGACAAGCAUUGUCUUUACAUUAGAAGAAGGCUCGGGAGUACUGGUCAAAGCGUUAGCAGCGUUUGCUCUUAGGGACAUCAAUAUAUCGAAGAUCGAAAGUCGUCCACUAACAAAGUGCCCCCUCAGAAUUGUUGAUGAUGGCAACAACGGGAGUGCCAAGUACUUUGAUUAUUUCUUCUACAUUGAUUUUGAAGCAUCAAUGGCAGAGCCACGUGCCCAAUAUGCUCUCAGUCAUCUACAGGAAUUUUCUAGCUUUCUUCGGGUUCUUGGUUGCUAUCCUGUAGAUGAGUGUUCUUGA